CUGGUCUUCAUCCACCUCUUCAAUGCGUGGUCAGGCUCAGCCCCUCUGGGAGGCAGAAGCGAUGUCCACAGCGCGGGCGGCCCCUGCAGCGACCCGUGCCGGAUCGUGCUCGUCGAGAGCAUUCCCGAGGGGAUGACAUAUAGCGGUAACAGCCCCAUGAACCCAUCCACCUUCGACACAUGGAUGAGCCUCAUCGGGGGCGCGAAGCACAGCCUGGAUAUCGCAGCCUUCUACUGGACCAUGACCAACAAGGACACGCGCACACAUGAGCCUUCUGCUGCCCAGGGUGAGCAGAUCCUUGAAGAACUGCUGAAGUUACCCCAGAGCGGUGUCUCCGUGCGAGUCGCGGUCAACACACCUUCCUCCAAGUCACCCCUGCACGAUCUCCAGGCGCUGGAGCAGAGUGGAGCUGCGGUGCGGGCUGUCGACAUGCCCCGGCUCACCAGUGGUGUGCUGCACACCAAGUUGUGGGUCGUCGACAGCACUCAUCUCUACCUCGGCAGCGCCAACAUGGACUGGCGGUCCCUAACCCAGGUCAAGGAGCUGGGCACGGCCGUCUACAACUGUAGCUGCCUGGCCCGGGACCUGAGCAAGGUGUUUGAAGCCUACUGGGCUCUAGGCCUUCCCGAUGCCUCCAUCCCAGUGCCGUGGCCAGCCAACUACUCCACCGCCUUCAACAUGGAGACGCCGCUGGAGCUGAGGCUCAACGAGACAGGAGCCAGCGUCUACUUCUCGAGCUCUCCGCUAGCCCUCUGCGCCCCGGGGCGGACCGAGGACCUCCGCGCCCUCCUCAGCAUCAUCGACGCCGCCGAGGAGUUCGUGCACAUCGCAGUGAUGAGCUACCUGCCCACCAUGGAGUUCUCGCACCCCCAGAGGUUUUGGCCAGUGAUCGAUAACCACCUCCGGAAAGCGGUCUAUGAGCGCAAAGUGCAGGUCCGGCUGCUGGUGGGCUGCUGGCGGCACAGCAAGGCGGCGAUGUUCCCCUUCCUGAGGUCCCUGGCCGCCAUCGCCGACAACAAGACACACUACAGCAUGGAGGUGAGGCUCUUCAUGGUGCCGGCGACCGCGGCCCAGGCCAAGAUCCCCUACUCCCGGGUGAACCACAACAAGUACAUGGUCACGGAGAAGGUGGCCUACAUCGGGACUUCCAACUGGUCAGGGGACUACUUCGUCAAGACGGCAGGGUCAGCCCUCAUCGUGAACGAGACAGGGGACCGUGCUGGCGGGACGGCCACUGCCCGGGGGCAGCUGCAGGCGGUGUUUGAGAGGGACUGGAGCUCCCAGUACAGCACGGACAUCAACGAUGUGGAGCAGUGGGAGCACAUGUGCAGCUUCCACUAAGCGCUGGUGCCCUGCCAGGGGAGCCGGUGUUGUGGCCUGGCCCCGCACGGCUCGGACUCCCCAUCUCGUCCUCGAUCUCCACCAGCGCCACAGAGGCAGUGAGUCCUGGUGGUGUCGGGGAUGCAGGACACUCUGCGUCCCUUCCCACCGCUGAGCUGGGCGUGAGCUGCUUUUUCUCCAUCAAAUACAUCGUUCCCUCUGCUCUGA